AUGAGUUUGAGGACUCUGUCUCUGAGAGGUAACUUAUUGGAUGGGAUAAUUCCUGAAUCUUUGAGUUCUUCGAGAAGGAUUGAAUAUUUCGAUCUUUCUCAUAGCAACCUUUCCGGCAGAAUUCCAAACUAUUUGGAGCGUUUCAAGUUGCAGAAUUUGAACCUCUCAUUUAGCAAGGGAGGAAUUUUAGAAAACACAAAUGCAAUUUCUACCAUGGGAAACACACGGCUUUAUGGCGUGAAAGUACUCGAUCUUCAAAAUUCACAGGCUUCUAGAAGUUUCGUAGCUGAAUCUGAAGCCUUGAAAAGAAUUAGGCACCCAAAUCUUGUCAAACUACCAACUGCUUGUUCAAGCAUCGAUUCUCAAGGAAACGAGUUCAAAGAUUUGGUUAACUGGUUCAAGGUGAAAGGAAGCCUAGAAGAAUGGCUGAAUAGGUCAGUUCAAAGAGUAAACAUGCCAACCAAUCUGCAGAAGCAUUCGGAUCUUAUUCAGAGAGGAAACAUUGCCAUUGACCUAGGGUCUGCUCUGGAUUAUUUGCACAAUCGCUCUCACAAGCCAAUAGUUCAUUGUGAUUUAAAACCGAUUAACAUUCUCUUGGAUGAUGGCCCGACUACCUGUUUUGGUGAUUUCGGUUCAGCAAGGUAUUUGUCAGAUGCUUAUUCCAUACUUCCUUCACCUGAAAGCUCUUCAAACGGAAUAAAAGCUACGGGAAUUCUGCUAUUUGAGAUGCUAACCGGCAAGAGGCUGACGGAUGACAUGUUUAAAGAUGGUCUGAGCCUACACAACUUUGUCAUGAUGGCUUUGCCCAAAUGUGUGGAGGAAGUAUGUAAUCCACUGCUUCUUCAAAGAGAAGAAAGUAACACUAGUACUAAUGCCACAGACAAUGCAGCAUACCGUGCCCUAGAUGAUGAAAGACAGAGUUGA